UUGAUUUACUAGUCGAUUACAAAACUCUGAUCUUGUCGCCGGCCAGUAGCAGCCGUCGUUGUCGCUGAGGCCAGCUUUUUGCGUGCUUAUUGUACCAACCCAACUCCCCUGCUCCUCCAAAUCAUCUAUGUUCAUCUUCCGUUGAUCUCCUCCUAUUCGGCUCUCGUUCCUGCAGUCCUUCCACUGCGUUUCUUGCACCGGCAGGGAGUAGGCGGCGGCCGGUGAUGGAUGCCGGCGAGAGGAGGGCGGAAACCCCGGAAGCUGCCGCGCUCAAGGAGAGGCUGCUGGCGGCUGCGAGGAACGGAGAUGACAACGGCGGUGGCAGCAGGAAGAGGGGCAAGUGGGAGAAGACGUACCUGGAUGUGCUGGGCGUAUGCUGCUCCGCGGAGGUCGCGCUCGUGGAGCGGCUGCUGGCACCGAUCGACGGUGUGAGGGCGGUCAACGUCGUCGUCGCCUCCCGGACCGUCAUCGUCGAGCACGACCCGGCCGUCGUCUCUCAGUCCCACAUCGUGAAGGCUCUGAACAAGGCAGGCCUCGAGGCCUCGGUCCGCGCGUACGGCACCAGCGGGGUCGUCGGCCGGUGGCCCAGUCCGUACAUCAUCUCCAGCGGCGCCCUCCUCCUGGCGUCCUUCUUCGCGUGGCUCCUCCCUCCCCUGCGGUGGCUGGCCCUGGCCGCGGCCUGCGCCGGUGCGCCGCCGAUGAUGCUUAGGGCGUUCGCCGCUUCCACCAGGCUCUCCCUGGACAUCAAUGUGAUGAUGCUAGUCGCGGUGGCCGGCGCGGUCGCGCUCGGGGACUACACGGAGGCAGGCGUAAUCGUCUUCCUCUUCACCACCGCGGAGUGGCUGGAAACGCUAGCGUGCACCAAGGCGAGCGCCGGGAUGUCGUCGCUGAUGAGCAUGAUCCCACCAAAGGUCGUUCUCGCGGAGACUGGCGAGGUUGUCAGCGUGCGCGACGUCACCGUGGGCGCUGUGGUCGCGGUCAGGGCAGGGGAAGUGGUGCCCAUCGACGGCGUGGUGGUCGACGGGCAGAGCGAGGUCGACGAGAGCAGCCUCACCGGCGAGUCCUUCCCCGUGCCAAAGCAGCCGCAGUCGGAGGUCUGGGCCGGCACGCUGAAUCUAGACGGUUACAUUGCCGUGAGGACGACUGCUCUGGCCGAGAACUCCACGGUGGCCAAGAUGGAGAGGCUGGUGGAGGAGGCGCAGAACAGCCGGUCCGAGACGCAGCGGCUCAUCGAUUCGUGCGCAAAGUACUACACGCCGGCUGUAGUUUUUCUUGCAGCAAGUGUAGCUCUUGUCCCACUGAUGCUCGGAGCGCAAGACCUGGGACGAUGGUUUCAGCUGGCUUUAGUGCUUCUGGUGAGCGCGUGCCCGUGCGCGCUGGUUCUGUCGACGCCGGUCGCCACCUUCUGCGCUCUCCUGAGGGCAGCAAGAAUGGGGGUUCUCAUCAAGGGAGGGGACAUUCUUGAAUCUUUGGGAGCGAUUAGAAUUGCGGCAUUCGACAAAACUGGAACAAUCACCAAAGGGGAGUUUAGCAUCAACGGAUUCCACGUGGUUGGGGACAAGGUUGAAAUGAGUCAGCUUCUUUACUGGGUAUCUAGCAUUGAGAGCAAAUCAAGCCACCCAAUGGCAGCUGCUCUUGUUGAGUACUCUCAAUCUAAAUUUAUCGGACCGAAACCGGAAAUGGUGACUGAAUUUCGUAUUUUUCCUGGGGAGGGCAUCUAUGGAGAGAUCAAUGGAACACAUAUCUACAUUGGAAACGGAAGGAUUAUGACAAGAUCCUCAUGUCACAGUCACACAGUCCCCGAAAUAGAUGAUCACAAUGGUGCGUCGAUCGGUUAUGUGAUCUGCAACAGUGAUCUCGUCGGAGUGUUUUCGCUCUCCGAUGACUGCCGGACAGGGGCGGCAGAAGCGAUCCAGGAGCUGAGAUCAAUGGGCAUCAAGUCGGUGUUGCUUUCAGGGGACAGCAGGGCAGCGGCCAUGCACGCACAGGAGCAGCUAGGGGGCGCCCUGGAGGAGCUCCACUCCGAGCUCCUCCCAGAGGACAAGGUUCGGCUCGUCCGCGGGCUCAAGGCGAGAGCUGGCCCGACGCUAAUGGUGGGUGACGGCAUGAACGACGCCCCGGCGCUGGCCAUGGCAGACGUGGGCGUCUCCAUGGGCCUCUCCGGCUCGGCAGCUGCCAUGGAGACCAGCCACGCAACGCUCAUGUCCAGCAACAUCCUCAGGGUCCCGGAGGCUGUCAGGCUCGGGAGGCGCGCCCGCCGGACCAUCGCCAUCAACGUGGUCGUCUCCAUAGGUGCGAAGGUUGCCGUCCUUGCGCUGGCCGUAGCGUGGCGCCCCGUGCUGUGGGCGGCCGUGCUCGCCGACGUUGGGACGUGCCUGCUCGUCGUGCUGCACAGCAUGCUGCUGCUGAGGGCGGCGUCUGGAAGGCAGAGGGGCAGUGGUUACCAGGCGUGCCGCGCGACGGUGAGGUCAUUGGCCAUGAGGUCUCAGCUUGCCGGAGGAUCGGACGCCACUGCUGCCAGAAGUGUCCAGGGACCAAGAGAAGAACCUUACCACUGCUGCCAGAAGAAGAGCAAAUCGCCUGAGCACUCGGUCGUAAUCGACAUACCAGCACCAGCUGCUAAGUAUCAAGAGGAGGCUAAUCCUCGCGCAGGAGCAAAAGGCAAGAUCCCCGGAUGUUGCGGGGCCGGCAAAGCUUGCAAUGCUUCCGCGGCGCCUCUGCCUUCUGCAACCCGCGCACCACCAGAAUGUCGUGCCGACGAAGAGGACAGGGAGGAAGGUGAAGAUAGCCGCAUGAGUGUAAAGACAGCCUGUUGCAAUAAGGGAAGAGGAAGUCGAUCACCUAUAUCUACUUGAGGAGGAGAUCGCAUCGAAGGGACGACUACCCUGCUGAGUUUAGCUACUUCAUAUACAUCGACACACAUGAUGUUAGAUCGAUAUGCUCUAACUCUUCUUCCGCUAUGUUAUGCAUCUAGUGGUAAUGAUCCAUGAUCCUAGUAACGCCGCAUAUUUCUACAAA